AUCCCAGACUCAGGGGUUUCUAACCUUCUGGUCUUAAUUCCACCCUGAAGCUCAAAGGAGGGAACGUGGACCGCUGGUCUUGAUAUAUUCGGCAAACCAGGUGUGUACUCCGCUCUGUCAGCCGACAGUCAGAUACCAGACGUAAGGGAAGCCAAGGAACGGGGUCUAGAGAAGGGCCGUGGUGACGAGAAUGACGUACCCUUGACUUGUCUUUCAUCCUCGUUGACCACCACAAGCUCCGAUAUCAACGGCAUCAUCAGCCCGUGAGGAUGCCGUCCGCCGCCGGUUUAACGGCGCUCUUUCAGAUGCUGCUGAUCGGCCUGGUCACAGGGGGGGCGGAGCCUCUCACAGGGCCCCAGCCAAUCAGGGCCCACCAAGAAGAGCUGUCCAAAGUCCGAACUCUUCCAAUCCAGGAGUUAGCCAGACCCCGACGUCAGCUAGUCCAGAAGUUAGUCCUGGCCCAGCCCCAUCUGGUCCACGACAUGAGCCGUCCGGAGGUCCAGGAUACGGCUCGGUCCUCCCAGGCCAAGACCCUCUCCUCCUCUCAGUCCAACACGACGCAGAACAACCCCCUCCGGGGCGUAGCCAGGGCCCCUGCCGCACUGACCACUGCAGAACACACGCUGGACGAAGUGGAGGUGAUGGAGAGGAUGGUCCACCUCCACCCACCCCAUGAGACCCAGGAGCUCCGGGGCACGCCCGACUCCCCCGACCCAGAGACGGAGCCCCGGGCCGGGCCGGGGGCCGCGGACUCCUCCCUGGAGGCGUCGGGACUCUACGGAGGGGACACCGAGGACAGAGAACGACUCUGGGAGGACCUGGAGGAGAGCAACUACACGCGGCCCGAUCUGGACGCGUUCAUUGGCUACAGUCCAUCUUUCCCCCAGUCCUCCCCCGAGGCCGGCCCUAGGCCAGCUGACCAGUCCCCCCCAGGGAGGCACCACCACCCUGGGCUGGAGGAGAUACCCGCUGCCGUUGUCUCAGAGGUGAUGCCCGUGGCGAGGGGGGAGGGGGAGGGGCAGGCCAGUGGAAACGGAAUCUUCCGCAACUCUGUUACCGUAGCGACACCCGCGUCCUCCUCCUCUUCCCUGCAUCCAGUGGCGACGGAGACCACGGAGACGGAGACUGGGACAGACUUCGGGCUGGUGGGAUUCGCAUGGUCUGACGUUCCAAGAGCUGAGGAAGAGGAAGACGAGGAGGAAGACGAGGAGACAGGACUUUCUCAACUGGACCUUUUGACCCUGAAUCCCACUGUGCCCGAAGUGGGCUUGGCCCCAACUCGAGGGCCCCUGCAGCCAGCUGUGGAGACAGAGGAAGAAUCCGAGGACUUCAAGAAUCCGAGGCUCCUCCCCCAUACCACAGACUUCUCCUGGGACUUGCUGGGACUUACCACGCCAACGAUGGCUCCGGGAUCAGAGGUUAGAGGAGGCGGAGUCACAGAGCUCCACCUGACAGAGGCUCACCUAGACGAACUGCUGAAGGCCCAACAGGUGGUGUGUGUGGACUGGAGUGAGUUAGCGGGCCGUGGCUACGUCUUCCUAAAUAUCAGCCACAACAUGAACUGCGAGGAGUUCCGUGCAGACCAGGGAGUGAGGCUACUGGAUUUGAUGGAGCGUGUGUUCGCCCGCAGGCUCAGCAGCCCUGAAGAAUCCUGGGUGUUAUACCUCAGCAAACCGAACCACCACCAGCCCCAGCUGCUCAUGAACGUGGCCUCCAACCACGGUGUGAUCGCUACUAAAGAGGUGCUUCAGAUGCUGGGAGAGGUUCGAAAGAGUUUAAUCCAGCUUGGUGUGUUGGAGUUCGGGGCAGCCAGCAGCUGUGCAGUACAGCCAGCUGCCAGCAGGGGGGACUACAGCAAGCUGCUGGUAGUCCUACUGAUCAUUGGCUCAGUCUGCCUGCUCAUCAUCUCCUCCGGCCUGGGAUACAUCUGCUGGCAGAGACGGCUCCUGGCCUCAAAGACAAUGUCUCGAGCCGAGGAGCUUCAUUUUGUGGAGAACGGUUGCCAUGACAACCCUACCCUGGACGUGACCAAUGACAGCCAGCCUGAGAUGCAGGAGAAGAAGGCGAGCACCAAUGGGCUGGCGGGGAGCCGUGAAGGGGGCGAGGCCGACAGCAGCCGCUGGCAGGUUUUCGUUAACCAAGCAGGAUGUGAGGAGGAGGAAGAGGAGCAAGACACUCAUCUCUGAUAGACAGAGGAAGAGGAAGAGAGGGAGGAGGAAGAGCAAGAGAGGGAGGAUGAAAUGGGGGACGUCUCAUAUCGGUAAAAAAUAUUUGAACACAAGAGAAGGAAGAGAGACGAUGAAUAAUAGACGGAUGUGUCUCCCAAUCACAACUGAACCAAGCUGGUCAUGAGGAGGAGUCACUGACAUCACAGGGAGUCAUUGUCGCAGAGGUUCUAUCAAAGUUAAAGUAGAGUGUAGUGCCUAAAGCACAUUUUUAAUUGUUUGAACUUUUAGCAUCCAACAUAGACUUGAGUCCCUUUGAGGCGAGUGUAAAAACACAACCCCGCCUCAUGCAUGCUCUCUGUGCUUUGCUCUGUUAAAACCUUACGAUUGUAGUUCUUGUUUGGGUCACGCUACAAAUGUGAUGCAAAAUGUGCGCUCCGUGUGCUUUGGGCUCAGGUCUCAGAGUGUUUACAUUGAAGGAAAGAGUGCCUAACAGGUGGGUUGGUGGUUAACGACAACACAUGGGAACGUUCCCAUUGGUUAACUGGUUUUGCGAGGUGUCAACCUUGAAGCAUCUGCAUUGGAAGUGUGCUGACCUCAACUCUCAGACGGGUUUGGACCUGACACCUCAUCAUCGCCGAGACCGCCUGGGGGUGACACCAACUCCUCCUCCCACAUCUUCGACCAAUCAUUUGGCCCCUGGCCUCCGGGAGCGACUCUGCGUGGUCCUUUUACUGCUGGCGCUGAAAGUGUCUUGAAGGAGCCGGCCCUCCACCUCCAAUGCCCUCUCUGACCGCUAUAUUAAACCCAGGAAGCCUUUUGAUGCUUCUUUAAUAAUGUUGGCAUGGCAACUGCAUUCAGCUGGUGACCUCUAAAGUGGAGUCACAUGUCGUCCGUACCAUUCGGCCCCACUUUGCAUCCAGGCGUCCACACUGCCCACCCGCCCAGGCCCUUCAAAUGUCCUGAUCCGUACUAUAGCCCAGCCAUGCAGCUAAGUGAUGCUAUUCUACGUACUUUAGCCCGGCCAUGACGCUACGUGUUGCUACUCAAUGCCACACUCAUGCUACACUGUGUGCUGUAGCAGGGCCAAGUAGCUAUUAUAUGUUACGCUGCGGGCUAUAGCCGGCGGCCAUUUAGAUACACAAUGCUAUGCUUGGUGCUAAAGCUGGGCCAUGUAGCUACAAUUUGCUACGCUAUGCAAGCUGUACGUAUGCCAUCCACUUUACUGGUCAUCGGUUUAAAGGCUGCUAGUAUUGACAAUACGUAUUUACCGGCCUUGUGGUACACGUCAAAUAGUGAGGCUACCUUUUUAUUUUGCUUCGAUUACGCUUAAUGUUCUGAGGAGAGAUAGCCUGCUGUUUCUGGGGAUGGAGUGUAACCUUAAAAAGAACCCAGUUUAUGGUUUGCCAAGCAACUUUUGGUCUCGUUCUCUGCUCAAUGCAGAGCCUAAUCUGAUUGUAUGUUCCUGUCCAGGGCCUAGAAGUGCUUCUUCAUGUGCAGGUGGCUUCAUUACACUCAACUGGACUCUGGAGGCUGACCCGGUUCCGUUUUCUAUUUAGCACAAAUGUUAUGGUCCAGCAAUGUCGAUUAAAUCAGAGAUCAAUGUAGCAAGACAAGCGCUGCUGUCGUCAGCUUACCCAAUGUAUAAAACCAGGAAGAUACUAUGUUUCUUUUUGUCUGCAGCAACAUUUUCUCAAAGGUUUCUCUCACGCGCUUGCAAAUUAUCGAUGUGCAAAGUGAACCAACAAAUUACUCUGAACCAAUCGUAGCCUAUUCAGCUUGUGUUGAGUUCAAACCCAUGGAGAGUCCUGCAGCCGGACUCCAGUGCUCUGCAUGACCCAAACAACCGCCGAUGGACUACAGGCCGGUGCAGCAACCGAUGAUCUGCUCGCUGAGGCCUCUUAGCGUUUUUAGCAAUGCCUGAUGUCGUGCACGUGUUUCAGAGCUUAACCUUUCGAUCACCCCAACAUGUAUCUGCAUAAUGGCCUUCCGCUCAUUGGCUGUCCGAUGAGAUUAUCGCCAUGGUUACCCAAACUUAUUUUAAAUUGAUUUCAUAGUUCAUUUUUUUUAAAUACAUGCAUCAUCUGCUUUUGUCCAGGUAAUAAGUUAAACAUGACAAAUAUAUAUCAGAAACCUAGUUGUGUUUGCUCAUUACUGGAAGAGUUUGUUUUCAUUUAAAGUUUUGUGACUUGUAUUUUUCAUUCUUUACUAUUUACACAAGUAUUGUGUAAAACUGAAGCAGAGAUGUCACAUGCUGCAUGAAUUAUUAUGCUUACAUUUAAACCCUUAUAGCGUCUAACAAGACGUUAACAUGUUGAAAGUCUUCUCCCUGAGCCUUGCAAUUGUGUUCUACCAGCAAGAGCUACAGCUCCUCAAGACACAAGCAAAUAUAGUAAGAUAAUAUACAAAUAUAUUAGAUGAAACUCGGCAAUCACAGCUCAUUUAUAUGGUUAAUAUACUCUUUUACCUACUUUGGAAUUCAAUUAGUUUGUGCUUCCAUAUUUUGAGGCAA